GUGUGUGGAGAUAAUCUGAUUUCUCCAUUAGCAUUUAGUUGGUAGAGGCUGCAAGCGUCGGAAAUUGAAAAGAAAAAUUAAAAGAAUCUAUAUCUAUAUAAUAAUCGAUUUCAUUUUCAGACGUGCUUCCUUAGCUUAGCUCAAUCAAAGUCUACUCAGUAUUGCUAUUUCGUUUGACCGACUCUUCAUUUCACUCUACAAAGCGCACAGACCUCUUCUCCAUCUUCACCGAGCUUGACUCUCAUGUCUUGGACCCUCUUUCUCUAUAAAACUCUCUCUGUGUUUUGUGGAAUCAUUAUUAGUUUCUGUUGCCAGUGCGUUGAGGAAGCUGAAGCAUCAACCUUGCCACUGCGAUCCUUCUCCUUCUCUGUUCUAGUCUUUGGUGCGUAAAGACUUGUUUGACCACUCCGAACACCAUGUCUUCUCGGACUGCAUCUGAUCAAAACAAUUGUGGCAUUUGUCUGAGUAGCAUGGCAACCCCGAAAGGCCAAGCCAUCUUCACUGCCCAAUGCUCACACUCCUUCCACUACCCUUGCAUUGUCCAGAAUGUUCAGCAUGGAAAUCUUAGUUGCCCCAUUUGCCGAGCAAUAUGGGAUAAGCAUAAUGUUCCUUUCCAACCAAACAACUGGACUACUUCCCCCUCUCAACAAAACAACUCAGGUGAUCCCCCUCACCCAUGGGGUGUUUUCCCUCAGCAAAACAACUUGGGUGGGAACUCUCCCAACAUCUCAUUCUCAUUCCACCCGCAACAGCCACCCCAUCAGACUUAUCAUCAGUACUCGUAUCAGCAACCCAGUUGGAAUUAUCCUUCCUUCCCAUUCGUGCAGCAAACCCAGGCCCCUCCCCAGCCACCUAGCUUCUCUGAUGAUGAACCUCUUUUGUCCACCUCACCCAUGCAAUCCAAUGACCCCCAGGGUAUAACAAUUAAGACUCAGACCGAGUCCUUGGCUAUCUCUGCUGCAGAAUCUCAUCCACGAUAUCCUGUUCUUGUCAGCAUUUGCGCACCAUCUCUUCAAGAUACCGAUGGCCAUGGGAGUACCCCGGUCGACCUUGUGACAGUUCUGGAUGUAAGUGGCAGCAUGUGUGGCCUAAAGCUUGACCUUGUGAAGCGCGCUGUCAAAUUUAUCAUACAAAACUUGGGGCCUUCAGACCGCCUUUCAAUAGUUACAUUCUCAACAACUGCUAGAAGAGUCUUUCCUCUCAGAAGAAUGUCUGUUGAAGGCCGUGAAAGUGCUGUGCGAGCUGUCAAUUCUCUUAGACCAGAUAACAUGACCAACAUUGUGGCAGGACUCGAGAUAGGAAUUCGGGUCCUUGAAGAACGAAGGGAAAGGAACCCAGUUGCUAGCAUCAUGCUUUUAUCCGAUGGUGUGGAUUCUUACUGUCAUAGUCCAAGCCAACUGUUGGGCCAAUUGCCUGCUUCGAUUCGCUCUAAUUGUAUGCAACAUGAAAUUCCAGUCCACACAUUUGGGUUUGGCAGCGACCAUGAUCCAAAUACUAUGCAUGCUAUAUCUAAUGCAUCAGGUGGCACCUUUUCAUUCAUUGAAUCAGUUGGCAUGAUACAAGAUUCCUUUGCUCUGUGCAUUGGUGGUCUUCUCAGUGUUGUGGCUCAGGAAGUUCGCCUCACAGUAAGGGCAGCAUCACGUGGUGUGAAGAUUGUAGCAAUACCAUCAGGGAGAUAUGUCAGAAAUAUAUCUGAUGAGGGCUUGCAGGGUGUUGUUGAUGUUGGGAGUCUCUACGCAGAAGAGGAGAAACAAUUUCUGGUCUACCUCUUAGUUCCACAAUCCUCAGCUUCAGAUACAAGGACAUCAUUGUUAGACGUGUCAUGCGUGUACAGAGAUCUAGCUUCAAAUGAGUUAAUCCAGAUGCAAGGUGAGCUAGUUGAGAUACCGAGACCUGUGGUUUGUUCCCCUGCAGAUCAGGUAGUCUCUUUAGAGGUUGAUCGCCAGCGCAACAGAAUUUUGGUCUCUGAAACUAUAGCAGAGGCACAAGGGUUGGCUGAGAUUGGAAAUCUGGAGGCUGCAAGGGCCAUUUUGACUCAACGAAGAGAAACUCUCUUAACAACACCAGCAGCCCGAGCAGGGGAUGCUCUCAGCAAUUUGCUCGAAACUGAGCUUCAAGAAAUCAUGGAUAGAAUGGCAACUAUGGAUUUGUAUACUCACACUGGGCGUGCUUAUGCCCUCUCGGGAAUGAGCUCUCAUUCACUGCAGAGAGCCACAACUAGGGGUGACACAACUACUUCAUGCCUUUCCGCGAGUUUUGGUGCUGCUCAGGCUUCAUAUUCCGCUGGGGGUAUCAAUUACCUGCAGCGCGGUGGUAUCUUUCAGCAGCAGCAGCAGCAGCAGCAGUCUCUCUCCGCAGGUGCCACUCCAUUUGCGAGUCCAGCAUCAUUGCCGCUAGGUGGUGCUUAUGAAACAUCUUCUAUGGUUAGAAUGGUACAGAAAUCAAAGGAUCUUGGCACUAGUUAUACAAAAUGAAGCUUGACAUUGCGUUACGUGAAGUGAAUGUUUA